CCUCCUGGAAAGGGAGGAAGGGGGCCCUAGUUGGAGAGAUCCAUCAGCAGAAGCCAGGGAGGAGACACAGACCCUUGCUCCCUGACGCUCCUCAGGGCUAGCAUGGGGCAGGAGUUUAGCUGGGAGGAGGCGGAGGCAGCUGGCGAGAUAGAUGUGGCGGAGCUCCAGGAGUGGUACAAGAAGUUCGUGAUGGAGUGCCCCAGCGGCACACUCUUUAUGCAUGAGUUUAAGCGCUUCUUCAAGGUCACAGACGAUGAGGAGGCCUCCCAAUAUGUAGAGGGCAUGUUCCGAGCCUUCGACAAGAAUGGGGACAACACCAUCGACUUCCUGGAGUACGUGGCAGCUCUGAAUCUCGUGCUGAGGGGCACCCUGGAGCACAAGCUGAAGUGGACAUUCAAGAUCUAUGAUAAGGAUGGCAAUGGCUGCAUCGACCGCCUGGAGCUACUCAACAUUGUGGAGGGAAUUUACCAGCUGAAGAAAGCCUGCCGGCGAGAGCUACAAACUGAGCAAGGCCAGCUGCUCACACCCGAGGAGGUCGUGGACAGGAUCUUCCUCCUGGUGGAUGAGAAUGGAGAUGGCCAGCUGUCUCUGAACGAGUUUGUUGAAGGUGCCCGUCGGGACAAGUGGGUGAUGAAGAUGCUGCAGAUGGACAUGAAUCCCAGCAGCUGGCUCGCUCAGCAGAGACGGAAAAGUGCCAUGUUCUGAGGAGUCUGGGGCCCCUCCACGACUCCAGGCUCACCCAGGUUUCCAGGGUAGUAGGAGGGUCCCUGGCUCAGCCUGCUCAUGCCCACUCUUCCCCUGGUGUUGACUUCCUGGCACCCCCUGUGCAGGGCUGAGUGGGGAUGGGGAAGGGCUGCUGGGUUUGAAGUGGCCAACAGGGUGUAGUCCAUUUUGGAGGAGUCCCUGGGAUGGUGAAGGGAAUUCGGUUACUUUUCCUGUUCAGCCACUCCUGGGAGGACUGUGCCUUGGCUGGGUGGUUGUGGGGCUCCCACAGUUUCUAGGUGUUCUCAGUUGGAAGCAAGAGCCAACUGAGGGGUGAGGGUCCCACAGACCAAAUCAGAAAUGAGAACACAAAGACUGGUAGGAGGCAGGGGUGGGAGGGUGUUGAGACUGAAGAAAAGGCAGGAGUUGCCGGGCGCGGUGGCUCACGCCUGUAAUCCCAGCACUUUGGGAGGCCGAGGCGGGCAGAUCACAAGGUCAGGAGAUCGAGACCAUCCUGGCUAACACGGGGUGAAACCCCGUCUCUACUAAAAAUACAAAAAAUCAGCCGGGUGAGGUGGCGGGCGCCUGUAGUCCCAGCUACUCAGGAGGCUGAGGCAAGAGAAUGGCGUGAACCCCAGGGGGCCGAGCCUGCAGUGAGCCGAGAUUGCGCCACUGCACUCCAGCCUGGACGAGAGCGAGACUCCGUCUCAAAAAAAAAAAAAAAAAGAAAAGGCAGGAGUUUUGGGGGGCAGGGGGCAGCAAUAAUUCUAUAACUUCCGGGAUGCUGAGGGGCGUUCAUGGGGAGGACCCUGGCCUCCUCCUCCCCAAGGCAUCCUCACCAGUGGUGUCAACAGGAAAAAUGGCAGCAAAUACGCUGCAGGCUGUGGUCUUUCUGCCUUUGAAAGGGUCAGCUGUACUUAAAGGGGCUGUUUCAGCUCUGCCUGGGUGCUGCUCUGGGACCCCCUGCUGCCAACCCACCACUCCCCCAACAAUCCUCUCUUUCCAUCCACAUCCCCCAGUAUGGACCUUCCACAACUCCCAGCCAUAAGCUGAAUGUUUCUCUUUAAAGGAUGGAGAAAACUUCUGUCUGUCUCUGGCAAGAAUUGGGGGACUGUUGACUGGGGUUGUGGGCUGGGCUUGGCUUCUAACUGCUGUGUGACCCAAGACAGCCACUUCUCCCUAACCUUGGUUAUGUCUCGGCAGCACAGUGAGCAGGUCGGACUAGGCGAACAGUUUUGGAUUAUUGUGUUUUUAGAUGUGGAAUUAUUUUUUGUUAUAUAAACUCUUAUGUGUAACCCCAAUAUAGAAACUAGAUUAAAAGGGAGUCUCUCUGGUUGAAAGGGGAGCUGAGUACCCUCUGGAACUGGAGGCACCUCUGAAAAAAGCAAACUGAAAACCAGUGCCCUGGGUCACUGUUACUCCUAUAAGACAGUUUAAAGUGAGACCUGGAAAAACAUUUGCUUUACCUUGAAUAGAUAGGUUUUUAUGUUGGUGUAUAAGAAAUAAAACUAACCUAUUAAACCUGA